UCUCUCUCUCUCUCUCUCUCUCUCUCUCUUAGCAUGUCGCAGAAUCAUCCCUGGCGACUUAGCAGUUGGACUCUGCUAUUGGGUCUGCUGAUCCUGUUGCUGGUCAGUCCAGAUGCCCAGGCGAAGCGCUGGUUCGGWGGCAGCAGCAGCAAGAGUCGCUCCUCCAGCUCCAGCAGCUACUCGGCCCGUCGACCCUCCUCGUCGUCCUCCUCAUCGCACUCCGGCUCGUACAGUCAUGCGGAUAACACUAAGCUCAGCUACGGCCCUGGCAGCCAUGCACAGCCCAGCCACACGCAGCACUCGAUGUCACGACCCGCGACGGCCUCGCCCAUAGGCUGGAAUGUGCCGCCCAAGGCGCAGGGUCCGCCGCCCUCCUAUACGGCCCACAAUCCGGCUGGCGGUGCUCACACCAACAUUCAUGAGCCGCCGCCGGCGUACAACCCGUCGUACAAGGCCAAUGCCCCGCCGCCAAGCUACUCGGCGGCCAACAGCAAUGCUCGACCAGCAGCAGGCAGCUCCGGCAGCAGCAAUCCUCACUACACGCCCGCCAGCGUCUACAGGCCACGCAUGAACGCCACCGGCGGUGGCGGUGGUGGUGGCUUCCAUACCCCCAUCACGGCCACCAAUUCGCACGGCGUGCAGUCGAGUUAUCCGGGCGCCACGUAUCACAGUCCUGGACAUUUGCCCGCCGGCGCCACUUACCAUCCGUCUGGACAGCUGCCCGCUGGAGCAACCUAUCACAGUCCUAAAGCGCUGCCCGCCGGAGCUACCUAUCACAGCUCAUUGCCGGCCGGUGCCACCUAUCAUCACAGUCCCGGAGCUCUGCCUGCUGGUGCCACGUAUCACAGUCCCGGAGCUCUGCCCGCCGGUGCCAGCUAUCAUCCGGCUGGACAAAUACCACCUGGCGCUAGCUACUAUCCCAGCGGAGGAGUACCCCACGGCGCCACCUAUUAUCCCCAGGCGCCGGUGGCAGCAGUGCCUGCCGGUGCUACCUUCUUGCCAGCUGGAGCUGGACUGCCGCCUGGCGCCACCUAUUAUCCACAGGCGCCCAAGUCGUCAUCUGGUUUUGGUUUGGGCACUGGUCUCAUUGCUGGCGCUUUGGGUGGUGCCAUUUUGGGCCACGCCCUCACGCCCACGCAGACGCGCGUCGUUGAGCAUGCGCCCAUGCCGAGCGGCGGAGGUGGCGGCACUGGCGGCGGCGACGACAAGAUCAUCAUCAUUAACAAUGGACCGCCUGGCUCGGUGACCACUGCGGAUGCUGGCUCCGGCACUACGGUCAUCAACACGGGCGUCGCACAGCCCGCCGUGGCGCCAGCAGCUGCACCUCAACCCCCUGCAGGUGUUCCAGCAGCUGCUCCUGCAGCUGUUCCAGGCCAAACUCCACUCGCUCCGCUGACACCGCCUGCUGCUGAAGCCGUCGUGCCGCCAGUUGCUGGCGCUGCAGUUGCCAAUGCUGCAGCCCCUGCUCCAGCUGCUCCGGCUGCUCCUGCUGCUCCUGCUGCUCCAGCUCCUGCUGCAGCGGAUCCGAAUGCCGCACCACCCGCACCCGGCGGCAUCAUCUGUGUGCCUGUGCGUGUGCCCGAGCCUGAUCCGAAGGAUGCCACCAAGACGAUUGAAGUGGAGAAGAUUGCUUGCUAUCCGGCACCACCACCAGAGCCAGCAGCACCUGCAGCUGCAGCGAAUGGCACAGCUGCCGGCGCUGCGCCCGCUGCAGUGCCUUCUGUUGCACCGGCUGCUGCUGCCGCUGCUGUGCCCGCUUCGACGCCCGCAUCGGAUGCGGCGCCGCUUGCGCCCUUCCAGUCGACCACGCCCCUGACUGUGCCGGAGGGAUCGGUGCCACUGGCGCCCCUGUCGCCAGGCGGCCAACCGGAUGUGAUGCGCAUGCCCGGCAUGACGUCUGCGCGUCUAUCCGCUGAAUCGGGACUCCAUGAUGCGCGCAACGGAGAGAAGCGAAUGUCCGAAUUGAGUACGCUCUCCGCCCUGCUGACAGUGCUCGUGGCCUACUGUCUGCACUAAGAGGCCAGCGGCCAGUGGUCAGUGCCCAGAACCAGAGCGGGUAAUUAAAGCCAAAUGGUAGCCAGUCAGCAGAGGGGACUCUGCGUUUGAACAAGUUUCAUACAAAGUCGCUGAAUUGACAUUUUCUAUAUUUUGUAAACUAAGCGAAUUUCUGGAUAUUCAUUUAUGCAUGUGUUUACUCAUAGUUUUUUCUAUUAGAUUUACAU